AUGGACUGCUGCGGGCUCUGCGCCGACGACGACCGGGACGUUUGGAUGGCUGAUCGGAUUUCUCCAAAGAUUGGGCUGUCCGACGAUGACCUCCUCGACUUCCACAGCGACAAUGAAAUGCCUGCGCCAGCGGCUCAGCGGGAGCCAGCGCCAUCCUACCGUUCGAUCCACAGCAGACAAGCUCCCCCCGUUGCCGCGACUUUGCCCGAAACGGCGCAUCGACCCAAUGUGCAAACCGGACACCUGCAGUCGCAGCAGACCUUCCGUUCCACGGGAGAUGGAACCUCUUUGAGCAGAUCUUUCGGGGCUUCCAAAGCGAGCAUCGGCCGGCUGGAGCGGCACCCGAGCGUGACGAAACCGGCAAGCCGCUCAGCAUCGCUUGUCCGAGCCGGCUCGAAGGGUCGACAAGCUCCUUCACCGGCGAGAGUGCCCAGUCGCACAAACGCGUCGGACGGCGACCAUAGUCCCCAGCCGGCGCCAGCAACUCCUCGACGUCGGGAAGGAUCCAUCGGCAAUGGCAAAGCCCCAGUGAAACUGUCCGAACUGACUCCAGAAGAAAAGGAGGAAGAGAAGAAGCGACUGCAGGCGCUUGUAAAAGAAUUUGCCAAGGAAGCAGUCGCUGGGUUCCCGAUCGAUCGUAUUGAUGAGGAUACAGGCGCCCGGGCUCAGGUGGUCUUCUCCAUGGAUCGUUUCAUCACGACAAUUGACCUUCAUAGUGAGGAUGAGAGUGUGGUUCCGAACAUGUCACUCGCGAUGGAGGACCUAACUGGCAUCUUCAAGGGCGACGACGCGGCUGCGCAUUCCCCCGUCUCGGCUGGUCUGAAUCGCAGCCGUCUCCUCGUGCUAACGUCCUCCGACAGCCCAACCGCGGUGCUUGAAGCAUCCACACGUCAUCAACGAGACAAGGCGUACACGUGCCUGAAAAUUCUCAGCCAGGCGAAGGGUAUUGCAAUUCGCCUGCACCGUCUAUACUCGGCAAUGAAACAGCAAAAGGAAGCCGAUGUCCAGCAGCUGGAAGAGGAGCUAGCUGCUUACUCACAACUCUCUAGGGAGCAAGAGCUAGAGCUCGAGCACUACCGAAGGGCGCUUGAAGAGAAAGCCGCUGAAGUCGAACGGCUUCAAAAGUGUCUGAUACUUCAAGAAGGGAAGCUGCAGCAGCUUUCGGAGGGAGGGAACUUAGAGGAGACGCUCUCCGGAUGA